AUGUCUGCCCCAGAAACUAAAGAGCUCAAGGCUGAAUGGAAGGCCGAUGUGGUGCUUCCAGAGUAUACAAUGAAAGAUGUUGCUGCGCAUAACACAAAAGGUGAUACCUGGAUGGUUAUCCACGGACAAGUCUUCGAUCUCACUGAAUACCUCCAAGAUCACCCCGGAGGCGCAGAGGUUCUUGUCGAGGUAGCCGGUACAGAUGCCACCGCCGCCUAUGAAGAUGUUGGUCACUCUGAAGAUGCCCGCGAGAUCAUGCAGCCCUUCCUGGUGGGCACAUUAAAAGAUGCCCAACAGUACGUGCGACCAAAGGCAGUGCGCGUGGUCUCGCAAAAGACAGAAGAGGCCACCACCUCUUCAUCAAGGGCCAUCCCAGCCAUGGCUGCUCUGGGUGGUCUGAUCCCAAUCUUCUACAUCCUCAACCGCACCAGCUAUCUCAGCAACGGUCUGGGUGCCAUCUCCCAACUCAUCCCUCAUCAACUCAAGAGCCUCCGCCUUCCUCACGGCGGCUUCGUCAAUGGCUUCCUAGCGGCCAGCGCUAUCUCCACGGUAGUAGGAGUUUUCGUCGCCAAACAAGCCAACCGUUUCACCAAAAUCGACUCAGGUUUCAUGCGCUACCCACCACACAUGAAAGCCAAAAAAGUAAUGCGCAUCGAUCCCCAUCUCACCCGGGGCGUCCUCGAACCACAGACCUACCAACGCCUCCCGCUAGUCGAGAAGACCGAACUAGCAACCAACGUCUACCGCUUCGUCUUUGCCCUGCCAACAAAGACAAGUGUGCUAGGCCUCCCAAUUGGUCAACACGUCGCCAUCCGCGCCGAUAUCAACGGCACAACCGUCACCCGCUCUUACACCCCAACAUCCAACAACACAGACCGCGGCCGCAUUGAACUAGUAAUAAAGUGCUACCCAGACGGCCAACUCAGCGGUCAAUACCUGGCCCACCUCCAGCUCGGCGAUGAAGUCGAGUUCCGCGGCCCUAAGGGCUCAAUGCGCUACACCAAGGGCCUCUGCAAGAAGAUCGGCAUGGUAGCCGGUGGCACUGGCAUCACGCCUAUGUACCAACUCAUCCGGGCGAUCUGUGAAAACGACACCGAUACCACGGAGGUUAGUCUGAUCUAUGCGAACCGCAGUGAGGCGGAUAUCUUAUUGCGCGCUGAGCUUGAGCGCUUUGCUCGUCUCUACCCGAAGAACUUUAAGCUUUGGUAUUUGCUGGAUUCUGCACCGGAGGGGUGGGCUUAUGGAUCUGGGUAUGUGGAUCAGGAGGUGCUCAAGUCGCGGCUUCCAGGUCCCGCGGAGGAUACGAAAAUCAUGCUGUGUGGUCCUCCUGGCAUGGUGAAUGCGACUAAGAAGAAUUUGGUUUCGAUGGGCUUUGCGAAGCCAGGGGUUGUCUCUAAGAUGAGUGAUCAGAUCUUUUGUUUUUAG